GAAGUUGACGUGUCAAAAGCGACACCUGUUGAAGACAAAUCAUAAUGCAAGUACCGGCACAAGAGUUUGUGCAGUACUUUCAACGUAUGCUAGGCGUCGCUUUUCUUUGUCGCGUGAAGGAAAGCGGAAGCGGCUGGGAGACCGGUCGAUCAAGGUCUAGCCGGUGUGAUCAGACGGGGACAGUGUUGAUUAAGCUUUUUAGUCGUAAUAUUCCUUCGUUUAAAGUACGAUCGAGACCUCGUUAGAGUUGGAGAGAGGCUAAAUUGCGCUGUGGGAAACUGAGGAGGCUUGAUAAAACAACCUUGAACGUCCCUGUGAAACAUGGCAGAGGCACCGAGCCCCAGGACCAGACUAGUGCGGUAUGGGGCAGACUUCGCCAACAUCGUCAAGGCCUUCAUUGGUUCCAACUACAUCGGCAUGCCGUUCGCCUUCUUACAAAGUGGUCUUGGGCUUGGGUUGGGCGGACUGGUGCUGAUCGCCUCCAUAACGGACCACUGCUGUCACCUCAUCGUGGACUGCAAGAAGGAACUCAUCCGGCAGAUCCUCAGCAAGUACUCCCAGCAGCGCGUCAUGACGGCCGCCGACCUGGUCAUCCAGACACACCGCCAGAAGAGGCUAGAACGUAGCCUCACCUACGGGGACUUGGGCAGGAAGGUUUUCGGCACGGGGGGACUGAUCAUCGUUAACCUGGCAUUGCUGCAGACUCAGUUCUUCUUCCUCGUUGGCUACUUUGUCUUUUUAGGGAACACCUUACAAACUCUCUGGCCAUCGGUGGAAACUAAUUCCACCCAAUUUGGGGCUUUCGAUCUCGACAUGUCUGUCACUUAUAACGUCUCUCUACACUUAAGUCAGAGAUAUCUUAGAGACGCCCCUUCCCAGUUAGGUAGUGGUGAAAACAUCCCUUCUAUUCUACAACAACGUUUUGAAGAGGCAAUAACACGUUUACCUUCUGUAGAUCAGACAAGGGAUGCCGUUGAUUUAAAAGAAAAGCAGACCCUUGUCACCCUUCCUAAAUCACAAGCGGCCAAGAACGUAAAGUCUGUUCAAGCCUCGGGAAGUUCGGUAAUAUUGCCAACAGAUUCCUUGAAUGAAAAGCUGCCGAUUGGAACUGAAAACAACAGAACUACUGUUUCUGAUAUUGAAGUAAACAACGUCACCAGCACAACAACAACACCUUCUGUAACAAUAACGAGGGAACACCACUCUACAAUAGCCAACGGAAGCACGUCCGCUCCCAUAACGACAUUAGCGCCCCCUACCAACGCGAGUUACGGGACGGUGUCUCCCACGGUGUACGUGUCCACGGCGCCGGCCUUCCCGCUCAUCCUGCUCAUCCCGUACCCGAUGUUUGUGUUCUUCUCGUACCUGCGGAGCGUGCGGUCGCUGGGACCGAUCAGCGUGCUGGCCAACCUGUCCAUCCUCGCUGGGUUCAUAUCUGUACUGGUCUACAUGCUGAUAGGUAUGGAGUUGAAGGUUUCGCACAUCAAGUGGUACCAGCUGGAAACCUUCCCGGUUUUCUUUGGUCAAGUCACCGGCGCGUUUGAAGGCAUCGGAACGGUGAUCCCGAUCGAGGCGAGUAUGGAGGGGAAUCGGCACAACUUCUCGCGGUUCCUCCACACCGCGCUCUUCCUGGUCUCUCUCAUCCUCGGCUGUUUCGGAGUCGUCGGGUACCUCCGCUACGGAACCAACGUGCAGCAGAUGAUCUCACAGAACCUACCGACGGGCUCGGUUAUCGCACAGAUAGUGAACCUGACCCUCUGUAUCGGUGUGGCCUUCACCUACCCCAUGCAGCUGGUACCAGUGGUGGAGAUUAUAGAGGGAUGGUUGUUUGCUCCAGGGAGAUGUUGUGGACCUGCUGCUGACUCAAAUGGCAGAAAUGGUUCUGUCCAAUCAGGCGGCCUCCUGAACAGCCAAUCAGAGGGCAUCACGAACAGCCAAUCAGAUCCACUGUUGCUGGAUGAUGAUGAUGAAGAUGAGGAGGAAUCUGGUGGAGAGAAGUUGACUGUUGCCAUGGCAAUACCUGACUCAGUGUCAGCCUGGAAGCGUAACCUGUUGCGUACGUUACUGGUGACGGCCUCAGGGGCUCUAGCUCUCGCACUUAAGGACGACUUUGCUUACAUUGGAGCUUUUACUGGAGCGGUUGGCAGUACCAUCCUGGCUUUCAUCCUUCCUUGUGCAAUUCACUUGAAACUCUACAGGGGGAGCCUCAGCUACAUGGUCAUGACCAAGGAUGUGCUGAUCAUCAUAUUUGGGUUGGUGGGUGGGAGCGUGAGUCUCUACUCUGUCAUACGGAGAAUGGUUCACCAGUUUUCAAAGCACUUGUAGAUGCAAUGGUCCUUUUUCUGGGACUUUCAAUUGUUGUACAUAAUUGUAUAUAUUCUUUAUCAUUCUUGAAAAAGAUCAUGGUCUUAAAUUUUUUCUGAAAAAAUGGUUUUUAGAAUGCUGGAGAUGUUGAUAUUUUUACAUGGCUAUCCAAGACAAAGCAUUGAAACUGCUGUCACUGUAUUUUACAUUAUCGUGUAUAAAUGUUACAUGCACAAUUCUGCUCUUUGCAGAUCUUUUACAGCAUUUAUGUAUUGUUUUAAUGGUGUUUGUUGCAUAUUUGAAGCUCUCAUUGACUCAGCCACAUCAUGUUUAGGUGUAAAAUUUCUCUAUAAAGUCUUUCCUGCACCAAAUGGUGCGUAGGGCGGUGCCCAUCCCUUAGCCACACAACUUUGUGCAAUCACUACAGCAGGGGGCUGUCUACUGCGUAGUGGUGCGUGUGUGUUCAAAUGCCAAUAAGUCUUUCCCAAACCAUAAUCUUGCCCAAAGCAGUGUGUGCCAUUUGAUAUGACUCGGCCAGGGUAUCAAACUUACGACCUACCGAAUACAAAGUACUGACCACUCUACUUUCUUGGCCUUUGCAUCCGUCGUAUGUAAACAAAACAUGUUUGAAUUCCAACAGAAAUUCAGGGUACUUCUAUAUGUGGUGAAUAGUGAGAUUGUUUGUAAAGAUUUGUUAGUGACUUGUACAUGUGCAAUCUUGCCACUUCUUUCCAAUAUUCUUUUAUUUUCUUACAUAUUUAUCUAUGUAAUAACAGACAUAUACAUGUAACUGGGAAUGAAGCUUAUAAUAAGUGGUCUUUUGGGCAAGGUACAUGUAACACGUGCAAUGUGGUAACUUUUGUCCAUUCUUUAUACACGUAUGUUCUCCAUUCUUUAUACAGGUAUGUUCUAUGUUGGAACAUAAGCUUUGUGGUGUGUUGAGAAAAGUGCACAUUUUAUUGUUAUUGUACGAAAUUUUAUCUUCUUGUCUUUGAAAUCAUAUUUUUGAUGGAACAGUUAGCUUGAUAAUUCAGCUUAUUCCAUUUUGAAUUUAAUCAGGAAAUGCAGAGAAAGUAUUUUAGAUGAAAUCUAUGAUGCAAUGGUUUUCAUAGGGUUUGUAAGAUUUUAUUGGAUUCUUUAAACUACCUCUGCAUUCACUUUUAAAUGGAAAAUCUCUUCUUGAAUGUGGAAGGUGUGCUUUAUAUGGUCUUCACUUUUUUUUAGAUCAUGAAACUUUCAGCUGAGCACCCAUUUUGUUUCUGAAAUAAGUGAAAUGAAAAUGUUUUGGCAGCGCAUGUUGAUUAAAUCACAUGUACAUGUACCAGUUAAAUAUCACCAUAUGAAUCAACACCAAAAGUUCAUGUUUUGUUAUCAAUAGUCCUUGUCUUCCUAUGGUACUUACAGACUUUUCACCACUCAAUGCACUAAAACUUGAAACUUCAUCCUUAUAAAGAUCAAUCUGACUGGUAUGUUGACUUGGUGCCUCCACUGGGGAAAAUAUAUAUUAUGUGUUGUGUUGCAAUAAGCUCUCGGCCAAGAACUUACAAAUAAAAAAAAAUUGAAAAGAAAAAUUAUUGGAUACCUGUUCAUUCUUUUAUUCUUACAGAGAAGAGGUUAAUUUUUUUUUCUCAUGUAUAUGAUAAUCAAGGAAUUAAAUAGCUGUAGUCUAAGUUGUUUGCAACAAUAUUUGGGAAUGAAAAUUAUGUCUAGCUAGUCAAGUGCCCUUCACUUCAGUGUUUAUACCGGUAUUCCACUGAACGACCUGUCAAACCUAACCUAAAUCUACCAUAGCUAUCUGUUGAGGAUGCUCCUACAGUUAACUAGGUAGCAAUUAGUUAUACUCUACCAUAUACAGUGGCAAUAUCUAUCGGUGAUUGUCUCUUUCUGUUAAGACAGAAUGCAAAAUGGAACAACAAACUCUUGUUUCAGUCCAGAAUAAUUUAUUCUUCUAAAAAACAGAACAUGGAAUACAGUACUCUUUGGCAGACGUACAACAAAUGCUUGUCCUUGUGUAGUAAAAACAAGUUGUUUCCAACCUUCCAACAUGGAAGGUCUACAGGAAUGUAUCCCACAAUACCUUGGUAGUUGUGUACAGUGGAAAAUGCAUCUAUUGAAUAGUAUGUUAACCAUCAACCUGCUAAGGUAGCUAUUUUGCACCAGAUUUGUAUUGGUUCUGGGGUAAGGUAGCAGGAAAAGGGUUAAUCACUUUCCAGAUACAUGUUAUAAGGCUUCAACUACCAUCCCAGAAUGUAACAUUUUGCUCCAAAGAAUGUUAUACAAAAGUA